AUGCUCAGGAGAGGGACACGGCUCACCAUCACACAGCUCACCAUCACACAGCUCACCAUCACACAGCUCACCAUCACACAGCUCACCAUCACACGGCUCACCAUCACACGGCUCACCAUCACACAGCUCACCAUCACACAGCUCACCAUCACACGGCUCACCAUCACACGGCUCACCAUCACACGGCUCACCAUCACACGGCUCACCAUCACACAGCUCACCAUCACACGGCUCACCAUCACACAGCUCACCAUCACACAGCUCACCAUCACACAGCUCACCAUCACACGGCUCACCAUCACACAGCUCACCAUCACACGGCUCACCAUCACACAGCUCACCAUCACACAGCUCACCAUCAGCUCACCAUCAGCUCACCAUCACACAGCUCACCAUCACACAGCUCACCAUCACACGGCUCACCAUCACACAGCUCACCAUCACACGGCUCACCAUCACACAGCUCAGCAUCAGCUCACCAUCACACAGCUCACCAUCACACAGCUCACCAUCACACGGCUCACCAUCACACAGCUCACCAUCACACAGCUCACCAUCAGCUCACCAUCAGCUCACCAUCACACAGCUCACCAUCACACGGCUCACCAUCACACGGCUCACCAUCACACGGCUCACCAUCACACGGCUCACCAUCACACAGCUCACCAUCAGCUCACCAUCACACAGCUCACCAUCACACGGCUCACCAUCACACGGCUCACCAUCACACGGCUCACCAUCACACGGCUCACCAUCACACGGCUCACCAUCACACAGCUCACCAUCACACGGCUCACCAUCACACAGCUCACCAUCACACGGCUCACCAUCACACGGCUCACCAUCACACAGCUCACCAUCACACAGCUCACCAUCACACGGCUCACCAUCACACGGCUCACCAUCACACAGCUCACCAUCACACAGCUCACCAUCACACAGCUCACCAUCACACAGCUCACCAUCAGCUCACCAUCACACGGCUCACCAUCACACAGCUCACCAUCACACGGCUCACCAUCACACGGCUCACCAUCACACAGCUCAGCAUCAGCUCACCAUCACACGGCUCACCAUCACACGGCUCACCAUCACACGGCUCACCAUCACACGGCUCACCAUCACACAGCUCAGCAUCAGCUCACCAUCACACGGCUCACCAUCACACAGCUCAGCAUCAGCUCACCAUCACACGGCUCACCAUCACACAGCUCCCACACUACCUCUGUUAUUGCUCUGACCCAAAAAGAUUUAACUUCCACCGGCUUCGCGGGGAGGAAAACCACCCAAACACCUCCUGGACGGAAGAAAAAGCUUCAGAUCGCGGCUAUAAUCAGACACGUUUUCAGUUUUGGGGGGAUAUCUGUCACUGCCACAAUCAAAAUGGACGAAGACAACCACGUUCCCGAAGACCUGUCCUUAGAGGAGAGGGAUGAGCUGUCAAACAUCCGCCGGAGAAAAAGAGAACUCCUGGACGACAUUGAGAGGCUGAAGUUCGAGAUCGCGGAGGUGAUGACAGAAAUCGAGCAGCUCACAUGUGUGGGCGAGAGCAAAACCUCGCAGAGAAACAAGCAAAUCGCUAUGGGCCGAAAGAAAUUCAAUAUGGAUCCCAAAAAGGGAAUACAGUUCUUAUUGGAGAACGACCUACUUCAGCACACUCCAGAAGACAUUGCCCAGUUCUUGUACAAGGGAGAGGGCCUGAACAAGACCGUGAUAGGAGACUACUUAGGAGAGAGGUGA